CAAAUAUUUUGUCCUUCUCUCCUUCUUCUUAUACCUAAAUUUCUAUCCAAAAAAAACCAACCUCAUCCACCAUAAUUUAGAUAUAACACAUAUAUUUCUCCUAAUUAUUAUUCCUCCCAACAUAUACACCAAACUAAAACCACUUUAAUAUAAACUUGAUUAGCAUAAUCAAACACAUUUAUUAAUAUUUAGUACUAUAUAUAACACAUACUAGUCAUACAUAUUUUUAGCACCAUUAAUUAUAUUUGUACUUAUUAUUAAGGAUAAGAUAUACUAUUAUUAGAGAAAAAAUGGGUAAUGUUGAUUAUUCAUCAUCAUAUCCUUCAUCUAUGAAUAGUGAUGAGAGUGAACAACAUCCUCGUGUGGUUGUUCCACCACCACAACCAUUUUUCAAGUUUCUAAAAUACUCAAUGAAGGAGACAUUCUUUCCGGACGACCCGUUGAGGAGGUUCAAGAACCAGCCUCCUUCAAGGAGGUUGGUUCUUGGACUCCAGUACUUCUUCCCAAUAUUUGAAUGGGGUCCGAGUUACACGUUUCAGUUCUUGAAAUCGGACCUCAUUGCCGGAAUCACCAUUGCUAGCUUAGCCAUACCUCAAGGAAUCAGCUAUGCUAAGCUUGCAAACUUGCCUCCAAUUCUUGGAUUAUAUUCAAGUUUCAUACCACCAUUGAUUUAUGCAAUGAUGGGAAGCUCAAGGGACUUAGCAGUGGGAACUGUGGCAGUUGGAUCUCUUCUUUUGGGUUCAAUGUUGUCAAGUGAAGUUAAUCCAAUUCAGAAUCCAAAUCUUUUUCUCCACCUUGCUUUCACUUCUACUUUCUUUGCUGGAAUUUUCCAAGCUUCAUUGGGUCUCUUCAGGCUAGGGUUUAUAGUGGAUUUUCUGUCACAUGCAACAAUAGUAGGGUUCAUGGGAGGAGCAGCCACUGUGGUUUGCUUACAACAACUCAAAUCCAUUCUUGGUCUUCAACAUUUCACUCACAGUGCUGAUAUCAUCUCAGUUAUGCGCUCUGUUUUUUCCCAAACUCAUCAGUGGAGAUGGGAGAGCGCAGUGUUAGGAUUUACCUUCAUUUUCUUCCUCCUUCUCACAAGAUAUUUUAGCAAAAGAAAACCAAAGUUGUUUUGGGUAUCAGCAAUGGCACCGUUAACGUCCGUUAUAUUGGGAAGCUUUCUCGUCUAUUUCACUCACGCUGAGAACCACGGCGUUCAAGUGAUAGGAGAAUUGAAGAAAGGGUUGAAUCCGCCAUCAAUGACGGAUUUGGUGUUUGUGUCGCCAUACAUGGGCACAGCAAUAAAAACAGGGAUUGUUGUUGGAAUCAUAGCACUUGCUGAAGGAAUAGCAGUUGGAAGAAGCUUUGCAAUGUUUAAGAAUUACCAUAUUGAUGGCAAUAAAGAGAUGAUAGCUAUUGGCACCAUGAAUGUUCUUGGUUCUUUCACCUCUUGCUACCUCACAACAGGGCCAUUUUCACGUUCAGCUGUGAACUAUAAUGCUGGAUGCAAGACAGCAGUAUCAAACAUAGUGAUGUCAAUUGCAGUGAUGCUAACGUUGUUGUUCCUAACACCAUUGUUCCAUUACACACCCCUUGUGGUGCUAGCAGCCAUUAUUGUUUCUGCAAUGCUUGGCCUCAUAGAUUAUGAAGCUGCAAUUCAUCUUUGGAACGUUGACAAGUUUGACUUUUUUGUGUGCAUGAGUGCAUACAUUGGUGUGGUCUUUGCUAGUGUUGAAAUUGGCCUUGUCAUUGCGGUUGCAUUAUCUGUGCUUAGGGUACUUCUAUUUGUUACAAGACCAAAGACAUUUGUUUUAGGGAACAUUCCAAAUUCUGGUAUAUACAGAAAUGUUGAGCAAUACCAAAAUGCAAAUCAUGUUCCUGGAAUCCUAAUUCUAGAGAUUGAUGCACCAAUUUACUUUGCCAAUGCAAACUAUUUAAGAGAGAGGAUCACAAGGUGGAUUGAUGAUGAGGAAGAUAGAAUUAAAGAUACUGGGGAGACAAGUUUGCAAUAUCUUAUAUUGGAUAUGAGUGCUGUUGGGAACAUUGAUACAAGUGGCAUAAGCAUGCUUGAAGAGGUCAAUAAGAUUGCAGAUAGAAGAGGGCUACAACUUGUUAUGGUCAACCCUGGGAGUGAGGUGAUGAAGAAACUCAACAAAUCCAAAUUCCAAGAGAAAAUUGGUGAAAAAUGGAUAUAUUUGACAGUUGAAGAAGCUGUUGGAGCUUGCAACUUCAUGUUACAUACAUGCAAACCAAAUUCCAAGAUAGAUGAAUCAGAGGGUUGGAACAAAGUCUGAGCCAAAAAUAUCAAAUUAAAAGAUGUGGCAUGAGUGUUUGUGAAUCAUGCUGAAGAAUAUAUAUAUAUAUAUAGAGAGAGAAGCACAGGGUAAUUUAUAUAUAAAAAAAAUGAAAGAUUGAUGUGUGUUUUUGUUUCUCAAGAGUUUGCAUCCUAUGUUGGAAGAAAAUCUGAUGUGUAAAUCAAUAUGUAAUAAGCUUGAUGAUCUAUUGAAAUGGAAA